AUGUCACGUGUGCAAAAUGCAACGGGGCAAUUCGAUGAAAAAGAAAGCAUUUCCGGCGUGCAGCAGUUGAAAUCGUCCGUGCAGAAGGGGAUACGCUCACGCCUACUGGAGCUGUACCCUCACCUGGAGAACUACAUAGAUCAGAUCCUGCCUAAAAAGGACACCUUCAGGAUUGUUAAAUGCCAUGAUCACGUUGAAAUAAUGGUGAACAGUGCCGGUGAACUGCUCUUCUUUCGUCACCGCGAGGGACCAUGGAUGCCCACUUUGAAGCUAUUGCACAAGUAUCCAUUCUUCCUGCCGAUGCAACAAGUAGACAAGGGUGCGAUACGUUUUGUCCUGAGCGGUGCCAAUAUUAUGUGUCCCGGGCUCACGUCCCCUGGAGCCCGCAUGUCCACGGUGGAUAAGGGCCAAGUGGUCGCCGUUAUGGCUGAGGGGAAGGAACACGCGCUGGCUGUGGGCAUGACCUCACUGUCUACGGAUGAUAUAGCCAGAGUGAACAAGGGCGUCGGAAUAGAGAACUUCCAUUAUCUGAACGACGGCCUCUGGCAGAUGAAGCCCGUGAAAUAG